UUCACAGUCGACCCGUUCGCCGAACCAACAGGGACGCACAUCACUGCAGCGCUCUCGCCACCACCAUCACCGCGUGUACAACGAAUUUCAUUUUUUUCAUUAAAAAUAACAUUCGUACGACGCGUCGUCGUGCGUUUAAGUCUCUGCUAUAGUGUGAUCGAAUAAAAAUAGUGUUUCGUGUCUGGAUUUAAUUUUUUGUGCACUUCUAUAAUAUACACAACCGCGGUGUCCACCGCAAAUACCGUUAAAUCCGUCGGCUAAAAGGUGGUGUGCCAAUCAUCAUGAAUACGUCUUUCUUGCAGUUGCUGUGUGCCUUAUUUGCACUAUCCCAUUAUGCAUUGGCACAAAGUGGUUAUAAUUACAACAAACCAUCAAACCCAUUGAAUGGUCCAACUACAGCAAUACCAUACGGUAACGAUGGAUUAGUAGGUAAGCCAUCGGGUACUAGUUAUCCUACUUCAUUCCCAACUACGGUUUCAUCAUACCCAACUCAGGCUGAUCAAUUUGGUUCUACUGGACCUACUGGUACGCCCAGUUUUACUGGUGGAUAUGGUGGCCAAACAGCCUAUCCUACAUCUGCACCUCAAGAUUUCACUACCGCUAACUUCCCUACUUCAAUUGCACAACGACCUGGAAACUUCCCUACUGGUUCAGGUUCAUCACCUGGAUAUGGUUCUUCUAGUGAUGGUUCUUCUGGUCCUAACACAAGACCAAGCUAUGGUCCAAGUGGACAAGAAAGUUUAGGAGCCCCUCAAAGUGGUAAUGGAUAUGGUGUUGGAUCAGGAUCUGGUUUUGGAUCUGGAAGUUCAAAACCAAGUGGAUUUGGUGGAAGUUCAGGAACCCCAAGUUCGACUGGUUUUGGAAGUGGAAAUGCACCUGGUAGUUAUGGAAGUGGAAACAGUGUAGGAGCUACAGGAUUUGGAAGUGGAAGCGCCCCAGGUAGUUAUGGAAGUGGAAACAAUUUAGGAACUACUGGAUUUGGAAGUGGAAAUGCUCCGGGUAGUUAUGGAAGUGGAAACAGUGUAGGAGCUACAGGAUUUGGAAGUGGAAAUUCUCCUGGUAGUUAUGGAAGUGGAAACAGUGUGGGAACUACUGGAUUUGGAAGUGGAAAUGCUCCUGGUAGUUAUGGAAAUGGAAACAAUKUAGGWAYUACYGGAUUUGGAARUGGMAAUGCUCCAGGUUAUGGUGGUAGCAGUGGUUCUUUACCAGGAACAGGUUUUGGUAGCAACCCGGGAUCAAGCGGUUUUGGUAUAGGUAAUGCACCUGGCAAUUAUGGAAGUAACAAUGUUGGUACACAAGGACCAAAUACUUUUGGCAAUGGCGUUGGUGGCGGAUCCAGGCCAAGUUAUGGAGGCACCGGCAUUGGUGGACCAAGCAGUGUAGGUGGUGGAGCUUCUGGUGCACAGGGACCUAGCAGUUUCUUUGGUGGAAACAGUGGUAGUCAAGGACCUAGCAGUUUCUUUGGUGGAAACAGUGGUAGUCAGGGACCUAGCAGCGUUGGAGGUGGAAAUUCUGGUUUACAAGGACCUGGCAGUUUCUUUGGUGGAAAUGGUGGUAGUCAGGGACCUUCCAGCUUUGGAAACGGUUUUGGAUCUGGAAUCUCACCAGCUGGAAAUAAUGACGAUGGUUCUUACGAGGGUGGUGACUUUUCUGCUAUACCCGGAGAACCAGGUACCGACUACCCAAUACUAUCAGAAAUACCAAAUACUUCAUUUACUUGUAACCAGAGAUUGCCAGGUUACUACGCUGAUACUGAAACCAGAUGUCAAGUAUUCCAUAUAUGUUCUAAUGAUAUUAAAUACGAUUUCUUGUGUCCUAAUGGAACAAUAUUCCACCAACAACACUUUGUGUGUGUCUGGUGGAACCAGUUUGAUUGUUCGACUGCUGAAAGCCUAUACGGCUUGAACGCUAAUAUUUAUGACUACUCAAAAGUAGGUGCUCCAGGACAAUCAGGCCCACAAGGACCUAUCGCCAACUUCCCUGGACAAGUGGGUCCUAAUGGCCCAAUUGGUAACUACCCGAGUUUAGCUGGACCACAAGGACCAAUUGCUAACUUCCCAACAAUUUCUGGUCCACAAGGUCCAGUUGCAAACUACCCAGGACAAUCAGGACCACAAGGACCUACUGCCAAUUAUCCAGGCCAAACUGGUCCCCAGGGUCCAAUAGCCAACUACCCAGGACAGUCUGGUCCUCAAGGUCCAGUUGCAAACUACCCAGGACAAUCAGGACCACAAGGACCAACCGCCAAUUACCCAGGCCAAACUGGUCCUCAGGGUCCAACAGCCAACUACCCAGGACAGUCUGGUCCUCAAGGUCCAAUCGCUAACUACCCAGGACAAUUAGGACCACAAGGACCAACUGCAAAUUAUCCAGGCCAAACUGGUCCCCAGGGCCCAACAGCCAACUACCCAGGACAGCCAGGUUCUCAAGGCCCAACUGCCAACUACCCAGGACAGUCUGGUCCUCAAAGGCCAACAGCUAACUACCCUGGCCAAUCUGGUAUCCAAGGCUCAACCGCUAACUACCCAGGACAAUCUGGUUCUCAAGGCCCAACCGCUAACUACCCAGGACAAUCUGGUUCUCAAGGUCCAUCUGCAAACUAUCCAGGACAGGCAGGAUCACAAAGUCCAACAUCCAACUACCCAGGACAGUCUGGUUCUCAAGGCCCAACCGCCAACUAYCCAGGACAAUAUGGUCCACAAGGCCCAACCGCCAACUACCCAGGACAAUAUGGUCCACAAGGCCCAUCAGCCAGCUAUCCAGGUCAACCGGGCUCUCAGGGUCCAACUGCCAACUACCCAGGACAGGCAGGAUCACAAGGCCCAACAGCUAACUAUCCAUCACAGACAAGUGCACUAUUCCCGGGUCAACGUCCAAGCAGCUACCCAGGUGCACAAGCCACACCAUCGUACCCAUCUACAGGUGUGAACAAUAAUGGUCGGCCAAGUUCUCAAGGUCCGUUUGGAAGUUCGGGCACAACACCUUACCCCAAUCAAGGAAGUACAGUGGGAUCAUAUGGUCCAAGCUCAACAUUAACUGGUGCAUCGCCAACUCCUGCAUCAUACCCGGGAUCAACUUCYAUAUCUGAUGCGCAGUUUGUAAACUCUUACAAUAAACCACCAGUACCAGACAGGGAAUAUUUGCCACCAUAUAAAAAAUGAUGACCUAAGCUCAAUAUUGCCAUAAU